CUGAAGGGGUCUCCCACUUGUAAAUGACCCGAGGGGAAAAAAAAUUCAUGACGACUUCACUGGGCCUCCUCUUAUUCUUCCAUUUUUCUUUCCACCUGUCCUCUUCAUGGAAUGGAGCAUCAUUCCUUAAAGCACAAAAUCUGUUGUGCAUCUAAUAAUGACUAUGCUGUAAUAGGGAUUCUUAAACAGUUUUACGCGUGAGGCUUGAAAUAUUAACAGAUGAUGGUUUGUUCGUUUGGAUUACUGCGGAACUGCAGCUCCGUCCCUGCAACGAUUUUAUCCUCAGCACUGCACUGAUUAAGCUAUUUUUCUACAAAGAUGGCAGUGUGCAGGGUAGAAGGGAACAGGACCCAUAUGUCAAUGGUCUAGGAUGGCCAGUGAAGGCUCCAACAUCCCAAGUCCUGUGGUCCGUCAGAUUGACAAGCAGUUUCUGAUUUGCAGCAUAUGCCUGGACCGUUACAAGAACCCCAAAGUACUUCCCUGCCUGCAUACUUUCUGUGAGAGGUGUUUACAGAAUUACAUUCCAGCCCACAGCUUAACCCUGUCUUGCCCCGUGUGCCGCCAGACCUCCAUUCUGCCAGAGAAAGGGGUUUCUGCACUCCAGAACAACUUCUUCAUCACCAACCUGAUGGAUGUCCUGCAACGAACGCCGGACAACAGCAUCGAGGAGUCUUCCAUUUUGGAGACUGUCACUGCUGUUGCUGCAGGCAAACCGCUCUCCUGCCCCAAUCAUGAUGGAAAUGUCAUGGAGUUUUACUGCCAGUCCUGUGAGACAGCUAUGUGCAGGGAAUGCACUGAGGGAGAACACGCAGAGCAUCCCACAGUACCACUCAAGGAUGUGGUGGAGCAACACAAGGCUUCCCUCCAAGUCCAGUUGGAUGCUGUCAACAAAAGGCUUCCAGAGAUCGACUCAGCACUUCAUUUUAUAUCUGAAAUCAUACACCAGUUAACCAACCAAAAGGCCAGCAUUGUAGAUGACAUUCAUUCCACUUUUGAUGAACUCCAGAAGACUUUAAAUCAGCUUGAGCAUCUUCAGGUGUCUGAAGUGGAGGAAUUGUGUCUCAGCAAGGGAAGAGUCCUCCAGACACAACUGGACACCUUACUUGAAGGACAAGAAAGCAUUAAAAGUUGCAGCAACUUUACAGCCCAAGCCCUCAACCAUGGCACUGAAACCGAAGUGCUGCUGGUGAAGAAGCAGAUGAGUGACAAGCUGAAUGAACUGGCUGAGCGAGACUUCCCAUUGCAGCCCCGUGAAAAUGAUCAGUUGGACUUCAUAGUGGAAACAGAAGGCCUGAAGAAGUCCAUUCACAAUCUGGGUACGAUUUUAACCACCAAUGCUGUUGCCUCUGAAACAGUUGCCACAGGUGAGGGACUGAGGCAGACAGUGAUUGGACAGCCCAUGUCUGUUACCAUCACAACUAAGGACAAAGAUGGGGAGCUCUGUAAAUCUGGGAAUGCUUACCUCACUGCUGAACUGAGCACACCGGAUGGGAGUGUAGCGGAUGGAGAAAUACUUGACAACAAAAAUGGCACUUACGAAUUUUUGUAUACUGUUCAGAAAGAAGGGGACUUCACUUUGUCACUGAGACUUUAUGAUCAACAUAUCAAGGGCAGCCCCUUCAAACUUAAAGUGGUCAGAUCAGCAGAUGUGUCCCCUACCACUGAAGGGGUUAAGAGGCGUGUUAAAUCUCCUGGCAGUGGUCAUGUGAAGCAGAAAGCUGUGAAAAGACCUGCGAGCAUGUACAGCACUGGCAAAAGAAAAGAGAAUCCCAUUGAAGAUGAUUUGAUCUUCAGAGUAGGCACCAAAGGAAGAAACAAAGGGGAAUUUACAAAUCUUCAAGGUGUAGCUGCAUCUACAAAUGGAAAAAUAUUAAUAGCAGACAGUAACAACCAGUGUGUGCAGAUAUUUUCCAAUGAUGGUCAGUUCAAAAGCCGUUUUGGCAUACGAGGAAGGUCUCCUGGCCAGCUGCAGCGGCCAACAGGGGUGGCUGUACAUCCCAGUGGUGACAUCAUUAUUGCAGACUAUGAUAACAAAUGGGUUAGCAUAUUCUCAUCAGAUGGAAAAUUUAAGGCCAAAAUUGGGUCUGGAAAGCUCAUGGGCCCUAAAGGUGUUUCAGUGGAUCGUAAUGGACACAUCAUUGUGGUGGACAAUAAAGCAUGCUGUGUCUUCAUCUUCCAGCCAAAUGGAAAAAUAGUCACCAGGUUCGGUAGCCGAGGAAAUGGUGACAAGCAGUUUGCAGGUCCUCAUUUUGCAGCUGUAAACAGCAACAAUGAAAUUAUCAUUACAGAUUUUCAUAACCAUUCUGUCAAGGUGUUUAACCAGGAGGGAGAAUUCAUGCUGAAGUUUGGAUCAAAUGGAGAAGGAAACGGACAGUUUAAUGCACCAACUGGAGUAGCUGUAGAUUCUAAUGGAAAUAUUAUUGUAGCAGAUUGGGGAAACAGCCGAAUACAGGUUUUUGAUGGAAGUGGAUCAUUUUUGUCCUACAUUAACACCUCUGCUGACCCACUAUAUGGUCCCCAAGGUCUGGCCCUUACUUCAGAUGGCCACGUCGUAGUUGCGGACUCUGGAAAUCACUGCUUCAAGGUCUAUCGAUACUUACAGUAGCAAUGAGUUCUGGAGCUGGGUAAUCACCCACCCUUAAGAAAAGGACUGGUCCUAGAGAUCCAGUGUGGGAUAUCUCCUACUUUGAGUUAAUUUUUAAUAAUGAAGGAGUCUCUUAUGGACUUGUUGUGAUAAUUUCCAAACUUACCUUGUUUACAUAGGACUUGCACCUCUUAUGUUUCUCACUGAACUUUUUGUUGCAAAGGUUAAUACAAAAACUCCUCUUGAACUGAAUUCAUAAAGACAAUGUGAAAUUAAACACAAACUGCAACCUAUGGAACUGGAAUUAACUAAUUAGGCAAAAAUGAGAAAAGUUUGGGAAAAGUCCCCAAAGCUUUUUGAUGACUGCAAAGGGUAGCUCCUGUUCAGAGCUUCCAAGUUUAAAGAAGCAUCAUUCUUACGCAUUAUUUAACCCAGAGGCGAUCCUGGGAAUCUUAUAGAUCUCAUUAUCAUGGUAGGUAUUACAGUUUUAACAUUCUUCAGUCUUACUAUCUAUAACAAGUAGGUCCUUUUAGUGUAAGGUUAAGUCUCACAAAAUCCGUCUAGCUCUAAGUGUCAGACCUAACACAGCUC